GUGCGGCCCCUUUAAGGGCGGGUGGGGGCGGGGCGCCGGCCGUGUUGUCAGUGUCAGUUCUGCGCACGCAGCCCUCCCGGAGCCGGUGCCGGCCCGCGGGCCCCCGAGUCCCUGCAGAACCCGACCCGGGACCGCGCCGUGGGAGGAGUCGGGCGCCGGCCGGCGAGCCACGGGGGUCCGCCCGCGGGAGUGGCCGAGGAGGGACCGCGGAGAGAGAGGAGUCCCGGCGUCGCGGUCCCCCCGGACCCGCUGCCCUCGAUCCCUGGCACCCACUAGUCCCAGGCACCCAGGCGCGGAGAGCUCCGGAGCCCGCGCGCCCAGCCCCGGGGGAGCCCGCCCCCGCCCCGCGGCCCGCCCGGGCCAUGCUCCCCCGGGGCAGCGGCUGAGCCGGAGCCCGGACGGCGUCCGGAGCCCGCGCGGAGCAUGGAUCCCGGCUGGGGCCAGCGGGACGUGGGCUGGGCCGCCCUGCUGGUCCUCUUCGCCGCCUCGCUGCUCACCGUCUUCGGCUGGCUGCUGCAGUAUGCCCGGGGCGUGUGGCAGGCGCGGGCCCGCGGGGGCCGGGGCGCGGGACCCGCCUCGGCCGCCGAGCCCGCGGGCCCCCUCCGGGAACUGGGCGUGUGGCGCUCGCUGCUGCGGCUGCGGAUGUGUCGGGCGGGCGCCCCCGCCGAGUCCGGAGUCCGGGGCCUCCUGGCGUCGCUCUUCGCCUUCAAGUCUUUCCGGGAGAACUGGCAGCGGGCUUGGGUGCGAGCGCUGAACGAGCAGGCCUGCAGGGACGGGAGCUCCAUCCAAAUUGCCUUUGAUGAGGUGCCCCAACUUGCACCCAGAACCAGCAUUAGUCACGUGACCUGCGUAGACCAAUCAGAGCACACCAUGGUGCUGCAUUGCCAGCUCUCUGCCGAGGAGGUGCGGUUCCCAGUCUCUGUGACCCAGCAGUCCCCCGCUGCUGUCUCCAUGGAGACCUACCACGUCACUCUGACACUGCCACCAACACAGUUGGAAGUUAACCUGGAGGAAGUCCCUGGUGAGGGGCUGCUGGUGUCUUGGGCCUUCACUGAUCGCCCCGAGCUCAGUCUGACGGUGCUUCCCACGCUGCAGGCCAGGGAGAGGGGUGAGGAGCAAGUGGAGAUCUCCACCAUUGAGGAGCUGAUCAAAGAUGCCAUCGUCAGCACCCAGCCGGCCAUGCUGGUCAAUCUGCGGGCAUGCUCGGCUCCUGGAGGCCUGGUGCCCAGUGAGAAGACCACCCCGGUGCCCCACGCCCAUCCAUCCAGCCCCAGACCCACUCGGUUGUUGCUGCGGCAGCUUCGAGCCUCUCACCUGGGAGGGGAGCUGGAAGGCACCGGGGAAGUGUGCUGCGUGGCUGAGCUGGAUCACCCCAUGCAGCAGAAGUGGACCAAACCCAGCAAGGCUGGUCCGGAGGUGGAGUGGACGGAGGACCUGGCCCUGGAUCUGGGCCCCCAGAGCCGGGAGCUGACCCUGAAAGUACUGAGGAGUGGCGUUUGUGGCGAUGCCGAGCUCCUGGGCCAGGCCACACUGCCCGUGGGCUCCCCUUCCCGACCACUGUCCCGAAGACAAGUGUGCCCCCUCACCCCUGGGCCCCGGAAAGUCCUGGGCCCAGCAGCCACCAUGGCCGUGGAGCUUCUCUAUGAGGAGGGCUCUCCCGGAAACCUGGGCACCCCCACCCCCUCCACACCACGCCCCAGCAUCACCCCGACUAAGAAGAUCGAGUUAGACAGGACCAUCAUGCCUGACGGCACCAUAGUCACCACAGUCACCACUGUCCAGUCCCGGCCCCGGGUAGAUGGCAAACUAGACUCCCCCUCCCGCUCCCCGUCCAAGGUGGAGGUGACCGAGAAGACCACCACCGUGCUGAGUGACCAGAGUGGGCCCGGCGGCUCCUCCCUCAGCAGCAGCCCAGGAGACAGCCACCUCUCCAAUGGCCUGGACCCUGUGGCCGAGACCGCCAUCCGUCAGUUGACUGAGCCUAGUGGGCGGGCAGCCAAGAAGACGCCCACCAAGCGCAGCACGCUCAUCAUCUCGGGCGUUUCCAAGGUGCCCAUUGCACAGGAUGAGUUGGCACUGUCCCUGGGUUAUGCGGCCUCCCUGGACGCCUCCCUGCAGGAAGACGCGGGGAGCAGCGGUGGCCCCUCAUCCCCUCCCUCGGACCCAGCAGCCAUGUCCCCAGGACCCCCCGAUGCCCUGUCCAGUCCCACGAGUGUCCAGGAAGCGGAUGAGACCACGCGCUCAGACAUUUCAGAGAGGCCCUCUGUGGAUGACGUGGAGUCGGAAACUGGCUCGACCGGCGCCCUGGAGACCCGGAGCCUCAAGGAUCACAAAGUGAGCUUCCUGCGCAGUGGCACGAAGCUCAUCUUUCGCCGGAGGCCUCGGCAGAAGGAAGCUGGGCUGAGCCAGUCCCACGACGACCUCUCCAACACCACGGCAACACCCAGUGUCCGUAAGAAGGCCGGCAGUUUCUCCCGCCGCCUCAUCAAGCGUUUUUCCUUCAAAACCAAACCCAAGGCCAAUGGCAACCCCAGCCCCCAGCUCUGAGGUCCCGUCUCACCUCCUGAGCUGGGAGAGGGCCAAACCCUUCCACCCAAUCGACCGUUCCCUUCCGUUCCCCUUCCUGGACUCUCACCCGCCUGCCCAGGGCCAGGGAUGCCCUCUGGGCUCCAGGAAGCUCUGUCCACAUCAGCCUUGGGGCCAGUUGGGAGGGAAUCUGCAGCAGCAGACAAGAGGCGCCCCGUUACUGACGACCUAGAAGAGAGAGUGGGUGGCUGGGUGUACAGAGGACUCGGCCCUGGCCGGGGUGGGCAUUCCUCAGAACCGUUGGCCUGCCUCCAAUACCGGCCCCUCCCAGGACCCCGGGACAUUGAGCUCCUCAGCUGUUCCUUCCUCCCUUAUUUAUUCUCUUUUCUAUUUAUAUGUGUGGUCCAGGACCCUCGGUGGCCAGAGGAUAGAGGGCAUCUCUCCCGGGGCAUGGGGGGGGGGCUUUCCUGUCCCAGGAGGGUACACACGUCCCUCAGGUCCCCUCUCCAGCCAGCACCAAUGUCUGCCUCCGAGGGCACUGGCCACACAAAGCAAGCGGGGCCGGUGCCUGGGUUGGGGGGGCAGGUACUCCCCACCUCCCUGCCUCCCCUCUGCUCCUCGUCCCUCCCUCCCCAUUUCUUACCGUUUUUUGUACUUUGAUGCCUUCUCCGUGUGAGCAGCGGGGAAAGGAAGGAGGGCACGAGGAGCUGCUGGGGGGGUGGGGGCGGCCUCCCCCGGAGACGUCCGAGAGGCCUUAUGGAGCGAGCGAUGAUGGAGCGGGGCAGGGCCGCACCUCUGUCGGUUGGGAAAUGACGUCCAUUGCUGUGUGAUGGCUUGGAACUUAAUUUAUUAAAGUCAAAUUGGAGUUUAUAA